AUUUGAAAGCGUGAGGGAGAAACUGAAAGGAAUAAAAAAAAAUCCUUUCAUGGUGUAUUGGAGGUAAAUUUGGCAAACGACCGAUAAAAUGGAUCGAUCCGGCGGAUUCGAAGCUGUUUUGACAUUUGUUGUUAAGAUGGACGUUACUAUACCCCUUUACAAAUAGUGCUCGUCCGCAACCCAUGGACGAUGCAGAGGGUAAAUUAGUCAUUUUAUCCCUCAUUACCAACUCCCUUCCACUUUCUCGCAAUAGUGUGACUUCAAUUGACACUUCUUUGUCCUUUGGAUCCGAAAAUCCCUUAUAAUAUUUAACCCUGAAUUUGGUGGGUGUUGAAUCGGGCCCCAACAAUUCUAGGAAUGCAUAAACGCCAAUUACCAUCAUGGAUGAUGCCCAAGGUUGAUUCCAACCAUGGAGGUAACUCUGGCAAUGUUGUUGAAACUAAUUUCUCUACAGAAAAUGGAGAGAUCAUUGCAGCCAAUGUGAAGAAGAUAAAUCAAAAGAAAGAAACGUCAAAGAGGAAAUCAAAUUCCAAUGCAAAGUGUGAGGUUAAGGGGAAAAAAUUAAAUUUAGACAAACAGAAUGAAAGUGGUGAUAAUAUUACUGAAAAGAAGAAGAAGAAAAAAAUUAAUGGAUCUAGUGAUAGAGCUCCUAGACGUACGACAAAGAAACACAAAAAUUUGGAGGAUCGUAGCCAUGAUAGUAGUCAUCAUGUAUGUCAAGUUCAAGCAUCUAGUGACGAUGAUAUCGAGUUGACAGUUGAAGAUUUAAUGGCCAUAGCGGAACAGUAUAUCAAAGAUUAUGAGGACAAGGAACCACAAGAAACAACAAGUGGACGGUAUGAGCCAAAAUGGCAAUUUCCGGCCACAACUGAAGCAGGAACUACUCAUGAUUCCGCUUGUGAGAACAAAAAAUCAUCUAGCUUGGAAAGGGAAGCUUUAUAUAAUUCUGCUCCAACAACUGGUGAGGUAAUUCGUACAAGCACAUCUCUAAUAGGUCAUCCUGCUCAAGACAUGCUGGAUGUGUUCUUGGGUCCGUUGUUGAGAACAACCAUUGAGAAGGAGGAGAACUGGAGAAGAGAAAAUCUGUCCUAGAAAGUUUGGAGAUUUCCCAUGAGUUCACUAGACAAAGUCAAAAUGAACUUGUUGGAGAAAUGGUCCCCUUGAUAAAGAAAAGAAACACUUUAAAAGACAAGGUGGCUAUCUUUUUGAGUGAGAUAUGUAGAUUCAUCAGCACAGAUAUACAUGCCAUGGCAAGGCAAUGAAUUAGUUAUUGCAUGACACAUAAUAAUAGCUGCAUUUGCAGGAUUUAAUGUAAAUAAUAGCAUUCUCACCCUAGUUGAUCAAAAUUCCUUAAUAAUAUUGUUAUAGUUGAUGUGUUUAGUUAUUUGUAGAUUGAAUUCAGACACAACAAAAUUGGAUGUCAUUCUCACCCUAGUUGAUCAAAAUUUCUCAAUAAUAUUGCUAUAGUUGAUGUAAAUAGUAGGCAUUCUCACCCUAGUUGAUCAAAAUUCCUCAAUACUAUUGUUAUA